UGAUCAUUUGAGCGACCGUGGUUAACCGGAUUAGUACUACCUAUAAGACUUUUUUCGUACGAAGAAAGGACCAAUGGAUGCCAGGACAUAUUUGGUUUUUGGUGGAUUAUUGGCCACCAUAUCCUCUUCAGCAAAUGGCUCUUUGUUAGAGCAGACAGGGUAUCGUAUUAAUAUAUUAGAAGAUGACGUUGGACCCACGGUUGAUGCUUUGAUGAACCUCUGCAAUAAAAGUCCUCCUGGAUCCCUGUUUGCUGUGUAUUCCGUCAGUGGUUCAGACACAAAAUCUUUUAACUUCACGAAAACAGAUGAAAAUAGUUGUAAUAAAAUCUUUGAAAUAAAACUAACGUUAACCAAACCUAUUUCUUCUGAAGUAGUAAAGAAAAAUAUUUACAAAUGUGUUCCGUUUUUAGAGGAUCCCUCAAUGUUUAAUAUAUAUAAGAGAAUAAUAAUUUACAUGGUUUCUAAGAAGACAAAUGUACAGCUAACUAAGAUGAACUUCAACACAUUUGUUCUGGUAACUGAUGACUUGACCAACCCUGAUCUUUGGAAGGACAUAGCCACUGAUAGGGAACAUGUAAUCAGCGUGAAGGAAAGGGACAAACUCCUGAAGCUGUUAGAACGGGACACUAGAUUUGGAAAAUGCCCAUUAGACAAGUUCUUUACUGACCAUAUUGGAUACUGCCAAGAUUGUUCGGAUGAAUUGGAUUCGCUACCAGAAGAAUGUUAUUACUAUGGCCAGAGAAUGAAACCUCCUAUCCCAGAAACAACAAGUCCUACUCCAGAUUAUACAACAAGUCCUACUCCAGAUUAUACAUGGAUUUUAUACUGUUCUCCACUGUUGCUCAUUUUUAUCGUUCCAAUUUGUCUGCUAUACAAAAGAUGGAAGUCCAGGAAUGAGUUAAAAAAGGCAAGUGAUAGAAUUGUCAGUGAAACUUGUCUUCAAAACAUUUGA